UACGUCAGAGGGAUGGCUGAGGGGAGCUGAAGAUGGCGGCGCUGUGUGAGGAUGGGAGGUAUGGGCUGUCCUGUGGGAGAUUGAACCCCGGCAAACUCUCAGUGUUACAUGUCAAAUUAACAGAGACAGCAUUCAGGGCACUGGAAAAUUACCAGAGCUGCAAGAACGUACCAUCCUCUCAACCAUCUAUUCAAUUCAAGGGACUCCAGGGGCUUAUUAAAAUCCCAAGAACAGAUGCUCCCAAUGAACUGCGAAACUUUGAUUUUUACUUGUCCAACGUUGGCAAAGACAACCCUCAGGGAAGCUUUGACUGCAUUCAGCAAUAUGUUUCCAGUUCCGGAGCCCCACAGCUCGACACCCUGGGAGUUGUACAAGAUAAAAUCACAAUCUGUGCGACCAACGAUUCAUAUCAAAUCACCCGGGAGAGAAUGACACAGGCAGAAGAAGAAACCCGUACCCGAAGUACCAAAGUCAUUAAACCUGGAGGACCAUUUGUAGGUAAAAGGGUUCAGAUACGGAAACCAGCCCCAGGAGCCCCAGACCCUGCGCCCGAAAGGAAACGGUCGACCCCCAUCAACCCUGCCAACACGAUACGAAAGUGCAACAUGAACAGCGCCAUGGCCCAGCGACCGUACAGGGACAGAGUGAUCCACUUCCUGGCUCUGAAGCCGUAUAAGAAACCUGAAGUACUGGCACGCCUGCAGCGAGAUGGCGUCGGUCAGAAAGACAAGAACUCUCUGGGACCCAUCCUGCAGCAGGUAGCUAAUCUUAACCCAAAGGAUAACUCGUACACACUGAAGGAAUAUGUGUACAAAGAGAUUCAGAAAGACUGGCCUGGAUAUUCUGAAGAAGACAAACAGCAGCUAGAACGUGUGCUUGCCCGUAAAUUGGGGCUGCCCUUGAAUUCCACAGGACAGUCAGAAGCUCUUCCCUCAAGUCCACCCACAGAUAGUGUUUCUGCAUCUCUUCUCUCUCAGAAACGACUCCUGGAAGGGGACUUUAUCGAUCCUUUGAUGCCGAAGAAAGCACGAAUCUCCCACCUUACAAAUCGCGUCCAGCCGACUUUGAACGACCCCUCGUCUCCACCUAGAGAACAGAAACCUUCAUUAACUUCCUGUCCGGCCCCUCCACCUCGCCCUCCCCCUUCUCACCUCCCUGUGUCCCACCCACCUCUCCCCAACAAUUCCAACUCCAACUCCCCCAGCACACCUGAGGGAGUGGGGACACAGGACCUCCCUGUGGACAACUUCAGUCAAAACAGGAACGCUUAUGAGAACCAGCUGGACAAAUCCACUUCUCUGACUCUCAAAGCGAGCCACGCUCUGCCUCUUCCACGUGUAACGAAGAGCUCAGAGCAGCCUCUAGUCACAGAAUACAGCCUGCCGCAGAGCAAGACGUCCAAAAAGAAAUCCAAAAAACACAAGGACAGGGAGAACAAGCAUAAGAGUGAGAGAACUAAUGAAAACCCCCCAAAAAAGCAUGUUGAGGCUGAAAUGGACACCACCCCACAGAUGGAGAAAAACACAAAUUCAGAUAGAGAAGAAAAGAGAGAGACUUGCACAGACUUGACUGAGCUCUCGUCAAGCACCAAAUCGCCUGAUUACUUGAUCAAAUACACUGCAAUUGUCUCCCUUGGUCAACGUCAAACGUACAAAGACGACUUCAACGCAGAGUAUGAGGAGUACAGGAAUCUGCAUGGCAGAGUGGAAAGCAUCACCCGACGGUUUGCACAGCUUGAUGCGGAGCGCAAACGAGUGCCCCCUGGCACCAAGGAGCAUCAGAUUAUCCAUGAAGAAGUAUUACAAGAAUAUAAGAAAAUGAAAAUGAGUUGUCCCAACUACCAUGAAGAGAAAUGCAGGUGUGAGUAUCUCCACAACAAGCUGGCCCACAUUAAGAGUCUAAUAGCAGAGUUCGACCAACAGAGGGCACAGCCGUGACACUAAGAGCGCUGGGGCUGCUCUGUGGAGCCCCUGCUUUCUCCGGACGAUGAUGUGAAUAAACAACGCUUAUUUAUUUAAAAAGAAAUUCCAAAGUUACUCUAGAAUUGGUAUUACUGAAACUCUGUUUUAAGGAAUACAAGUGUUUCAGGAAUGGGUGACUUGAGUUACAUUUAUUUUCCUUAUUUAUGCUUUAAUGUUUUCAGUUUAAUGUUUUUCUUUUUGGGAUUCCUGAGUAAUUGAAAGCUGCUCUCCUCCCUCCCAGAUUCCCUUUUAUCCCUGUUUCCUCAAAGUAGACUUGUUUGUACAAAAUAGUUGUAUCUCCACAUUGGGGAUCCAAUGGCUGAGAAGUGUGUGCAGAAACUAUUAAUGUGGCAAACCUUUUCAAAGCAUAAAUAAAUACAAAGGGGGGGGGGGGCGGCACUAAUGAAAAGGGGUUGGAUAAACAAAGGUCUGUUCUACCUGUCUGUCUUUGAUCUUAUUAAUGCAAACCCUUUGCCUUAAGUGGUAGGAGGUUUCAGAAGCAAUUUGCACAAAAAUGAUAAAAACUAAAAAAAAGUGUUUGAAAUUUGUUCUGGAGGGCAUAGACUAUUUGUGUAAUAUGGCACUAAACAGCCUAUACUUAAUUUCACAAAAGUAACCUUUUAUUAUGCUACGUCAACCCUUCAUUGCAAACGUUGCCUUAAGAUGUUUGCUUGUAUACACUCUGUAGUAAAACCAAUAUCUACACUGCUUCCCAGUCUGUUGGACUAAUGGGGAGCACAUGGUGGCCUACCAAGUAUGAGAGGGUGUGUGUGUGCAAGGUGGUGUGCUUGUGUGCAUGCAUGGGGGAAAGAAAAGUAAAAACAGGAUUAAAAAAAAAAAAAAAAAAAAACUGCUGCUUCUAGUAGGCCCAUACACUCAGGAUAAACAGAGUGUCAUUGUUGGUAUUUUCCUGUAAACUUGUAACUUCCUUUUAUGGAAAGGAAAAAGAAAGUUGAUUUUUAAAGAUCUAUAGUUUGGAGUGUAAAAAAAAAAUGUAUGAAACCACGUAGGAGACAUUUUUAUACUGCUAUAUUUUUGAGAAGAGAAAUUCUAUGCAAAGAAGCAGUCGCCUACAUGAACUGUGUAUUUAACAAAUGUGUCGUCCUGUUUGCCAGGAUUUGCAGAGCAGAUGUAUUUAAAAUAUAGUGUGAUCAUCGAAUAGCACAAACUUUGAGUUUGUUUUGUCUUUCUGUACUAUAACAAAGUCUGUUUUUUUUCAUUUGAUUUGAACCAUCAGAGUAAGUUUAUAUGGUAACACUGUUCUUGGGGUGGAUGAACCUUAAGAUUUAUUCAUUGUCCUUUUUUGUUUUGUUUCUUUUCAAAGUGCUGCCAAUUGAAAAGGGAAGCAUUGUGUUUACAAAACAAUGUUCGAAUGUUUGCCAAAUUCCUUUUGGUAUAUCUAGUAAAACUGUUCACUCUCUAGUGUUAGCAAGGGUUUUUUGUGUAUGAACCAGUAACCCAGAAAAUGCACCCAGUUUCAAGUUGGAUAUUUGUGAGGAAAUCAAAUGUACAUGAAGAUUUGAUAGGAAUACCCGGCUGCGUUUGUGACAAAUGUAUACCAGACGGUGCAGAUAGAAAUGAACUGAGCUAGAUGUCUGUUUAUUUCACCACAAAUGCAUCUUUCUGAUUGGAAUCUGUAACCUUAAAAUAAACUGAGGCUAAAUGCACAAGGUACUUGCACAUUUUGCAGCAAAUGGAGAAGCAUUUAGAUGAUUUGCUGACACACUACUUUUUGGAGUGGUUGCUCAUAAUUUUAUGUGGAUAGAGGUGUCGGUUAGUUAUUGAGCCAGAAUAUUUAUUGCUGAAAAUGUGUAGCUUUAAAUAUGCAACUCAUUUGAUAGGGGGUGUUGUAAUCCAACCACAGUGGAAUUUCACACUAACUUGGUUACUAUGGAAGACAGACCUGAGGUAACUGAACUUCACACAGCCUCGUUUAGUCUCUGCAGUAGACUACUCGUGGUUUUGUGUACUUGAUUUGCCCUUGGCUUCUGUGCUAUUGAAAGAAUAGCAACUAGUUUAGGUAAUUUAAAAAAUUGAAUUGUUGCCUUUUUACAAUUUUUUUUUUUUUUUUUUUUAACGUUUUCUGGUUUACUGUGUUGAGCAAUACACUGGUGCUGGAGAGUGCAUUGUUGUUUUUUUUUUUUUUUUUUUAUUUAAUUAAAUGUUCAUCUGCACUAAAGGCUAGUCCAGAAUUGUUCAGCAAAGAUCAUUGGUUCUGUCUUGCGCAAAAAUAUUGACUUGUAUUUAGUUCUCUACCCUCUCAGAUGUGCUGCAUUAGUAACCAGCUCUUCAGUUCAGUCAGUUGUACAAUGGGUUAUAUUCCAGUUGCAACCAGUUAAGGUGUAACAUCUCAGUAACCCAGUCUCCUUCUAUUAGACUGUUUCCAGAACAAACGUGAUUGAACAGUGUUUACCUGGCCUUAAAUAGCAAAUGUUUAUCCCCUUGCCUGUGACCUGGCAGAAUCUCAAAUAAUAUAUGAUUUAUUUAAACCUUCCACAAUUUAAUAUAUUGUAAUUAUAUAUAGUGUUACAUGGAGUUAUGGACAUUAAAUGACUAUAACUCGCAAAUGUAUUUUUUGUUUGUUUUGUGUAAGAAGCAUUUCAAGGUUGUGGGGUUUUUUUUGUUGUUUUUUUCUGUAAUUUUUUUUUAUUUUGAGUUAGGAAAAUGGACAGGGUAAAACCAGCACAGUGCCGCUGGCAAUUAAAAAAGGGGCACAUAUCUUUAACUGCCCGGUUUAGUUCAGUGUGUGUCUUAAGCCUGAAUUCACUGUGAUUCUGGUAAGUGCAAUGUGGUAUUACCUGGUAGCAUAAAACCCCACAUCAUGCCAGUCUUAUUGUAUUGUUUUUAUUAUUCUCAAAUGAGAAUCCUUUCUUGUGAGCACUAAACCAGUCCAGUUCAUUAAAUCUCUGAAGGAAACUAAAAGCAAUUGGCAAGAAAUUUAAACAUUUUGCUUUUUCAAAGUUGCAGUGUUCCACUAACAAAUCCACUUU